CUGAACCACUCACGUGACCAGCUAUUCGGAAUGAUGCGUCGGUCGAACAAAUCACACAAGGUUCCAAAUGUUAAACUUAGACCCGCUCAACCACGAUCCAGCCAUGCUCACCCAAUGGACGUGCCAUAUGACCACAGCUCAGACUCCGAACUUGUCCCUCCCAAUGCGAGUAUGGUUGAUCUGUGUCCUAGACCGUUCAGGGGUGUUACGCUUUGCGCGACGGGUCCAAUGGAUAAGGCUACCCUGUUCAAACAGGCAUUUGAACUCGGCGCGACAUCUACAAGUGACUUUACGGACAGAGUGACUCACUUACUAGCGAAUAGCCAUGGCGGAGCCAAGUACGCGUGCGCGUUAGAACGCAAAAUACCCAUCAUGCGUCCCGAAUGGAUAACAGAUGCACACCAGGUUUGGUUGCGUGGAGAUGACGUAGAUCUAGCAGAGACUGUUUCUACGCAUCGCCUUCCCAUCUUCUCCGGCGUCACACUCUCAUUAUCAGGUAUUGAUGACCUCGAGCAGCGCGCAAAUAUAAACCGCGCCCUAACUAGACACGGUGGGAUAUAUGUCAAAGCCAUCGAACGCCCUGUCAAGGUGACACAUCUACUUUGUGCGGGCGACAAUGAGACCGAGAAGAUGCGCUACGCUGAUAAAUUCAACAAACGUGGCGAGGCGAAAAUUCACGUCGUCUGGGAGGAAUGGUUCUGGGACUGCUUGGAAUUCGGAGGACGCUUCGAGGAAAAGCGUUACGUCGUCACGCGGCCGAGGCCAGAGAGGAAGGCCAUGAACGAAGAGCUCACUACCUCAAUACCAGUUCACGACUCUGCCCCAGGCACGCACCCUUCGAAUGCGAUUCCUGUCGACGGCCAUCUACCUAGGACGCCCGCCCCACUGAAACCAAGUCACGAUUAUGAUCUGUUGGAGGAGGAGGAACCUGCAUCCCUAGCACACACUCCCGUUCGCGCAGUGACGCUUCAACUCUGGGGCAGCCUCUUACGUCCACGGGGUUUCGAGAUCGAUCCAGUCGCGAACAAGCUCAUCCGUAGUCCUUCAAAGUCACAGUCAAUUGCAGGUCUGCCGAUGUCGCCGAUACGGUUACCGGCACGUCUUGCGCCUGAUGUGCGAACGAGAACCGCAGAGAAGGUGAUAGAAUCCCAGGGAAAAUCUGUAAUCUCGUCUUUCAAACGUGCCAAAUCAUUUGCGCCGCCGGCAAAGGAGCCAAUGACACGGCAGCCGUUCAGGCGGACAACCACCAUUGCAGCUCUGGGACCUGGGGAUGCAGAGGGGAGUGCAGCACCUUACCAACCUGAGGUGGAGAACUCUUCGAUGGCGACACUCUUUGCAGGUUUCCACUUCCGUCUACUUGGGGAGGCAAAAUGUGCGAAUGUGCGCAAUGCUAUUGAUCGUGGGAGAGGCGUGGUCAUGGACGAAGAUACUGACGAUGUCGAUUUCAUUGUUGUGCGACUUAUUAGUGGGAGCAAACUCUACCAGAACGAACCUGAUGAGACCUUGCGCGCCAAAUAUCGCACGGAAUGUUGGCUCGAACACUCGGUCUUCCAAGAGCGAAUAUGUGGACCGCACGAAAAUAUAUCAUUCAGGCCUCUUAGCCUUCCCUGUCCAAUACCUAACACCGAACAAAUUAUUCUAAGCCUUUCUGGACUUGAUCAGUCUGAGCUAUGCUGGACAAAGCGUUUGCUGCGGGCGUUGGGUAUAACGCUUGCCCAGAUAUUCUCUCGACAUUCGACGCACCUACUUUGCCCGAGUGCCUGCGGUGCCAAAUACGACAAGGCAAAGGAAUGGAACAUCCCUGUCGUCGGCAUGGCAUGGUUAGAGGAUAUGGCGAAGGCGGGUAAGGUACCUGACAUCAGCGAAUAUCUCAUCGGCAACGUUGGCGACCGAGCGGCAAAGGGUAAGGCGAGGGAUGUACAGAUGGUGGAUACCACCAAUGCUAACAGCUUGCCUGUCCUUCCGUUUUUCGUGAAGAAGCCACAUCUCUUACAAGAUCUUCGGACACCUACUCUCCUUGACAUGGAGCAUGCCCCUCCGGCCAUGUUCUUCGGCGAGUCAAAUGGCUCACUCGACGACGCUCUGCCACAGUACAAGAGCGACAAUGGGGCACGGUUUUCAGCCUCUCCGCCUCUUUUGCCACCGCAGAGUAGCUCACCCCCACACGAAUAUGUUGCUGUGCACCCCACACGCCGGAGACCUCUAUCACCCUCUGAAGACCUUAAUCCUCCAGUCCCAUCCCUGGAUGCCAACGGACGCAUACCCUCCUCCACCUCACCCUCGCCGAUGAAGCUUCCCCCCAGCUCAGAUGCGCGGCUGACGUGCGAAUCCUCGCCAGUGCGAGUACCUCAUCCAAGAGACGUUGCCCGCGAGCUACAGGAGAGCCUGACAACGUUGCUCGGCAAGAGACAGGUAUCGGAAGAUGAUGUUAUGCGCCCAGGACAGCGGAAGGGCAAGCGGCCGCGCCCACUGCCGCGCCCCGGGGUACAAUCCCGGCAAGAAUCACGCGAGACCAUCACUAGGGAGCCUCCGGCGCGACUUGUGCCGCUGCCGCAGCCCAUGUAUUACGACGCGAUGAGCCUGCUGGACGGGAGCACGCGUCCGAGCGAGGAUAGUCUGCGCGUGACAUAUGAGGACCCUGGGCAGGAGGCGGAGAAACGGAAGCUGAUGGCUUUACUUGGGGAUGAGAAUGUCGGGAGGAAGGGCAGGAGGAAAAGCACGAGGAUAGCGGGCUAUUGAUCGUGAUGUACAUUGGAGUGCCGUAUCUCUUGUAGCGCG